CGAUACGGACGCACCGGCUCCGGCAACACACUCGGCUCGGGGUUAGUUCAGUUGAAGAGGAAGCGAAGCUUCGAGCGCCGCACAAAAGCGUUUGUCAAGUGCUAUUCCAAGUGUUUAGAUCUGAGUUCAACUUAACUAAAGCCAAAAUAAAUAAUGCACAUUUAAUAACAUUUAGUGCAGCAUAUCUCGCAAAGGCGAAACGAUUCGAAGAUUAAAAGUGUCAACAAGCUCUGCAUUCCUGAACAGUGUUAUUAACCGAACUCCAGAUCUACCCGUUCUCGGGAUUACGGCACCAAAUCCGCAACUGUACAAAAGCACAGCUCUGCCUGCAGACACAUAGAGGAAACGGUCAGUGCACCGCAGUGGAGUCCCUGGAUAACCCGACAGCCGGCAAGCGGGCCACUCACCUGACGCACCCAACUUCACAGUCGCAGCGCGCAGCCAUGACGAGCAUCUCGGCGCUGCUGCAUCGCAAUCACAGCCACAGCCACAGCCACAUCCACAACAGCAACGGCUACACGAGCAGUGGCAGUGGGAGCAGCAGUCACAGUCAUCACAGCAGCAGCCUCUCACCGCCAACGACAAUCGGAGCAGCCACAACGCCGCCGCCACCACCGCCUCCAGCGGUGCCCAAGUUAGAGCAGCAGCAGCAGCAGCAGCAGCAGCAGCAGCAGCAGCAACUGCAACAACAACACAACUCCAACUCGAAUGGCAGUUCGCAUCAUGACCACAUUAAACGACCAAUGAACGCGUUCAUGGUGUGGUCCCGGGGACAGCGACGCAAAAUGGCGCAGGACAAUCCCAAAAUGCACAAUUCAGAGAUAUCGAAGCGUUUGGGUGCCGAAUGGAAGUUGCUCACCGAAUCACAGAAGCGUCCAUUCAUUGAUGAGGCCAAGCGUUUGCGCGCGCUGCACAUGAAAGAGCACCCCGACUACAAAUAUCGACCUCGACGCAAGCCCAAGACGCUCAACAAGUCCCCAGUGCCGGGCGGCGGUGGCGGCGGAGGCGGAACAUCAGGCACAAGCUCUGGACUUACGGUCGCUGGUCAGCUGGGCAAGGAUCUCGCGCAGCCGCAGCAUUCGCCACAUGCACAGGGCCUGCCGCAUCAUCAUCACCACCCGCAUCACCCACAUCCACAUCCCGCCCAUGCUCAUGCGCAUCAUCAUCACGCGCAGCUGAGCGCAGUAGCAGCGGCCGCUGCCGCUGCCGCCGCCUCCCACUCCCAUUCGCAUUCGCCCACCUCGCUGGCCGCCAAGUAUGGCUUUGGAUCGCCACUAGAGCUGUCGCUGCCGCGCGUGCCCGGUGGCUUUCCGCUGGCACAUUAUCCGCUGGAUCCAACCCUGGCGCUGGAUCUGCAGGCGCGUCUGCAGGCCAUGUACGCCGGCAGCAUCUAUCAUCCAUGGCGCUAUUUGCCACUGAUCAGUCCAGAUACUCCGCCCUCACCACCCAGCAGCAGCGGCACAGGCAUCUCGUCCUACGGCUGUGUCAAGUCAUCCAAGUCCUCGCCCGUCGCAGUCGUCCCAGCGCUGGCCACAACGCCGCCCAACAUUAUUUGACCGACUCCGCUGCGCUACGGCGCUGCCGCUGCGGAGCAUGCGGUCUAAAUUUGGAGCAACCACAGCAACUAAGUACCGCCCCGCCCCCCACACCCCACCCAAACUGGCAGCAGCCAUCAGAUCUGCCCACUUACUUCUGUAGGACCCUAGUAUUAGCCGAAUCUUUGUGUGUUUCUGUUUUAUGUUGCGUGUUUCUGUUUCUGUUUCUGUUUCUGUUCGCCCCCUCCCGGACUACGUCUAUGACUAUUCACUUUGGUUAUGUGGUACUUAGCUAUGUAUAUAAACAACAAUCAAUAUAUAUGAGGAUAUGCUAUCCGAAAAGACAUACAACAAAUUCCACACUGCAGAAAUUUGAACGGAAACUAAAUAAAUAAAACUCAAAUUGUUCCUAUCAACCUGCUACAUGAGUAUAUUCUUGAUUAGAUGCAACCAACUCUGGGUAAGCCUUGCAGUUGUCAUUAUCACUGAAGAGCCCAGGACAUUUCAGAACAGUUUGAACAAAUUCGAAUCGAAACUAAGCAGUUU